UGUCAGGUGGUACGUGCCUCUCAUUCUCUCGCAUCGCCUCUCGCCGUCCAGUUCGUCGUUUGUAUUUUUUUUCCCGAAUUUUUCGAUCGCCUGAUUGACACCACCCAAUCUCUCUGGCACUACGAUGAACUCCCGAAUUCCACUGGGCAUCCGGCAGUGCAACAGGCUGCUGGCCACCCCCAUCUACUGUGCCAAUGAAGCCCCCUCUGUGGCCCGGCUCUUCUCCACAUCGCGGGUGCAUUACGAGAGACAAGAAUGCAAAGUUUUGGUUGUGGGUGGCGGCAGUGGCGGCUGUGCCAUGGCCGCCAAGCUGUCAUCACAUCUAGGCAAGGAUAAGGUGAUCGUCCUGGAGCCGGAAGAUAAACAUUAUUAUCAACCGAUGUUCACCCUGAUUGGAGGCGGAAUGAAGCGUCUGGAACAGUCCUACAAGACCAUGGCGGAGGUGCUUCCGAAGAAGGCAAAAUGGGUGAAGGAGAAGGCGAUGGAAUUUGAUCCGGAUAACAAUACGGUCUGCACCUCUGGAGGCGACACAAUCAAAUACGAUUUCCUCCUCAUUGCCACUGGCCUGCAAUUGAAUUACGAGAAGAUUCCCGGCUUAGCAGAGGCUUUGGAGAUACCCAAUGGCAAGGUGUGCUCCAUCUACUCCCCCAAGUACGUGGAAGGCGUCUACGAUUUGCUGCGCAGAACAAAUGAAGGAAACUUGAUCUUUACCUUCCCCGCAUCCCCAGUCAAGUGUCCUGGUGCCCCACAGAAGAUUGUCUACAUAGUCGAGCACUAUUUCCGCAAGUUGGGUAAGCGCGAUAAAGUGAACAUCACAUAUAACACAGCUCUGCCAGUGCUCUUUGGCGUGAAACACUAUGCGGAUGCCCUGUGGCCCAUUUGCAAGAAGCGGAACAUUACGGUCAACACUCGACGAAAUCUGGUAGAGGUUCGGCAUGCCGAGGACAUUGCUGUGUUCGAGGAUCUCGACAAUCCUGGUCAGCUCUUCGAGGAGAAGUACUCCCUGCUGCAUGCCGUGCCACCAAUGAGCGCUCCCGACGAGCUGACCAAAUGCCGGAAGCUGGUAAACGAGACGGGAUUCGUGGACGUGAAUAACUCUACGCUGCAGCAUGUGAGGUACAGCAACGUAUUCGCCAUCGGGGACUCGUCUGGCUCACCGAACUCGAAGACUGCUGCAGCUGCAGCUGCUCAGUCGCCCGUUGUCUUUCGGAAUAUGAUUGCAGCGAUGGAGGGCAAACCCCUGACGGACGUGUACGAUGGCUAUGCCUCGUGCCCGCUGGUGACAGGCUACCACACCUGCAUUCUGGCGGAGUUCGAUUACAAUCUGCAGCCCUUAGAGACGUUUCCAGUGGCCCAGAACAAGGAGCGCUACUCGAUGUUCAUCCUGAAGAAGGACUUUAUGCCGCUGCUCUACUGGAAGCUCAUGCUCACGGGCCACUGGAAUGGUCCGGGGUUGAUGCGAAAGCUAUUGGGUGUUUUCAAGCCAAAUAAAAAGUAAAUGCAACU